AUAAAGGUCCUAUAGCUAUAAAUAACACGAAAUUCAAUUUGAUUUAAGUUGGCGUAAUUUUCUUGUAUGCUCAAACUUUUCAGAUCCCUCCCUCCCCCCAUUUUCUGUUGAAGAUGGAAAUUCAAAAACCAAUUCAACAAAUAAAUUUAAUCCAAAGAGGAAAAACCCUAGAAAUUCGCACGAAAAUUGCAUUCAAAAGCUUAAUUUAGCAGAAAUAAUGGAUAAAACCCUAGAAUUCCACGUAUUGGGGCUUUGCUUAUUCCUGUUAGUAAUCACUUGUUAUUCAGCUGAAUCAUCGACAUGUUUGACAGUAUAUAAGGAAGGAGGAGCUCCGGCGGUGUUCAAAUCCCCAAAAUGCCCUCGCUGGAAGCUCUCCCAUCACCAAUCUCCGCCGGGAAGCUCCAGGUGUCAUGUCGCCGUUCAUCAAGGUCGCCGGAGUUCGCAGGAGGAUCGCAUUUCAUGUGCCCUCGAUGUCAGAAUUCCGUUCCCUGGUCCUAGUGGAUUUACAGAGGUUGAUGUGGGCAUUGUGGCCGUUUUCGAUGGUCAUAAUGGCUCCGAAGCUAGUGACAUGGCUUCAAAUCUUUUGUUGGAGUACCUUAUUCUGCACACUUACUUUCUUCUUGAUGCAACAUUUCCUUCCUUUUUAAAAAAAUCCAUGGGAAGAUUGUCAAACAAGGAAAUUGUUACAUUUUCUUCUCAAUUCUUCAAGGAUAGAGAAUGGAUUCUGCAUUUUAUCGAUCAGCAGAGGCAUAAGUCUCGAGAAAUGUUUGGGGAAUCAUUUCAUUUGGAAAUACUGAAGGAAGCAUUGUUAAGAACAAUCACUGACAUUGACACCACAUUUUCCAAGGAGGCCCUCAGGUUCCACCUUGAUUCGGGUUCUACAGCCACAGUUGUUUUGAUUGUAGAUGGUCAGAUAUUGGUUGCAAAUUUAGGAGACUCAAAAGCUCUUUUGUGCUCAGAGCAGUAUCAGCCUCUUUCUGAAGCUAAAGCCACUGCUUUAAGGAUAUAUAGGCAAAAAAGACGUAACGGUGCUGUAUUGCGAUUUAAGGAUUGCGAAACAUGUAAAAUAGUGGCUUCCAAGGGAUUAAAGCUUUUGGUUGUGAAAGAAUUGACUAGAGAUCAUCGGCCAGACAGGGAUGAUGAGAAGUUCCGAGUUGAAAAUGCUGGUGGUUAUGUUGUUGAGUGGAGUGGAGUUCCUCGUGUUAAUGGACGUCUUGCUGUGUCUAGGGCUAUUGGGGAUGUGCCUUUUAAAAGAUAUGGUGUUAUAGCUGCUCCAGAGAUUACAGGUUGGCAACUCCUGAAUGACAAUGAUAGCUACCUCAUAGCUGCUUCUGAUGGUGUUUUUGAGGGGUUGGACACGCAGGAUGUCUGUGAUCUGCUGUGGGAAGUCCAGAACGAUGACCUCUCAGGAUCACAUGUCUCGCCAGCCUGCUCAGAUUCUUUAGCUGAUUGCAUAAUAAGCGCUGCCUUUGAGAGAGGGAGUGCAGAUAAUAUGGCUGCUGCUGUGGUUCCAUUAAGAUUAAUGAGUUUGUCGAAUACCUCUCUGAAUGCUGAAGAAGUUCCUAUCAGCCUUGUUCAACUGAAACAUGCUUAUCCAGUUGUGGCAAAGUUUGCCAGAUUAUUGGUGGAAAGCAAGGAAGAUAAUUUUGGCUGUUACUAUUUGUACGAGAACCUUAAGGAAAAUGAGGAGGAUACAUUUAGUCAUCCAGAAGAUGAAAAAUCAGAAGAUUUUUAUGACAUCCCUCCUGCUCUACCUGGGCGUCUCGAUCAUACCUGUGGAGAAUCUGUGAAAUUAAAUGUGGAGAACUCCUUUUGCUUUCAUUUUGGGAUGAUCUCCGAUGGAAGCAGAGAUGAGAGCAGAUAUCCUGAAGAUCUUUCCAGUUUCCUUGCUCUGCUUGAAUCAAUCCCUCUUCAGCAUGCUGAAUCGAGUUUUGGAUCAUUUGAGGACGUGAAGCCUGAAAUGAGGUAUAUUCUAAGGAAAAGAUUCGGCCAGGGAGCGUAUGGCGAGGUUUGGUUGGCUUUUCGAUGGAAUUGUUCUCAACGAGAUAAUGCUCGUAACUGGAAUCAGAAUAAUGGAACUUUUUCCAGACACCAUCUUAAUAUGGAGUCAUUUGAUGACAUUUCAGGAAACUUUUCAUCAAGUAAUGAUUGUCCUAAUGGCUCCUCUGAUGGUAACUUAUUCAUUAUAAAGCGCAUAAUGGUGGAGAGAGGAUCUGCUGUUUACUUAAGUGGGUUGCGAGAGAAGUAUUUUGGUGAAAUAUUCUUAAAUGCUUCAACAUCUCUUGGAGGGUUUGUAUCAUCUACUGUGUCAAGCUCUGUAUUUAGAAAACCUGGAGCCAAUCUAUAUGGUCCCUUUGGAACAGAUAAAAAUCAUAAAAUUGUUGUCCAGGAGAGUGAGGACUCUGAGAAUCCUGAAGAUAUGUUCAUUCAAGGAAAUGGAACCCGGGCAGUGGUUUAUGAAGAAGGCCUCGAUCAUAUUGCAAGAUAUGUGGAAUCCUUCGAGUCUCGUUCUAGUGAAAUAUGGCUUGUGUUUAGGCAUGAAGGCAUAUCUUUGUCAAAGCUUAUGUAUACAACCGACGAUAUUGAUGAAAUUUCUUCAAAAAGAGCUGGACAUGCUCAAGUAUUGCACCCAUCAAAAUGGUGGCAUUGGCUUAAGACCACAAAAGCAGGACAAGAGGAAAUGCGAAGUCUUAUCUGGCAAUUGUUGAUGGCACUUAAGUCUUGUCAUGACCGUAACAUUACCCACAGAGAUAUUAAACCCGAGAACAUGGUAAUCUGCAUUGAAGAUCAGGAUACAGGAGAAUGCUUUAAGGGAAAACCAAAUGGAGAGCUCAAAGAUGGGGGAAGAAUGCGUAUUAUUGACUUUGGUAGUGCAAUUGAUGACUUCACCAUAAGGCGUUUCUAUGGGUUUCGAGGCCCGUCUAGAGCUGAGCAGACAUAUGAGUACACUCCCCCUGAAGCUUUAUUGAAUACUACUUGGUUUCAGGGACCAACAAGCAAAACUCUCAAGUACGAUAUGUGGAGUGUUGGAGUAGUAUUCUUGGAGAUGGUAUUGGGUUCACCAGAUGUUUUCCAGAUUAGCUCUUUAUCCCAUGCCCUUCUGGAUAAGCUUCUUGGAGGAUGGAAUGAAGACUUGAAGGAGCUUGCAUAUAGGCUUAGGUCCUUCAUGGAAAUGUGCAUAUUAGUCCCUGGCCAUUCCACUACACAUCAUCCUGGCAAGGGUCCACAUGACCAGGCUAAAGCUUCACCAGCUUCAUGGAAAUGCUCUGAAGAAUUUUUCUCAAACCUUAUAAAAAGUAAAGAUCCUCUUAAUAUAGGGUUUCCGAAUAUCUGGGCCAUGCGUCUAGUUCGACAGCUACUACGUUGGGACCCGGAUGAUCGAUUGACUGUUGAUGACGCUCUGCAGCAUCCUUAUUUUCAAUCACCUCCCAGCUGAUCAUUGGAACUAUAAAGUGCACUCUUUGGCGAAAAAGGAAACAAUUGGGACAGGGGUUGGGAUGUUACGAUUAGUAAUGGGAAAGAUAACUCGAGCUAAGACUCUUAUUGCAGAUUCUUAUUCUUGAUCAUGGUUUCUUGGGACAUUGUACUUCAAGACCAAGAAUCUAGGGUUCAUUUUCUAAGUUUAUGUCAUCAAAGUUGCCAAAGUUGAUGAAUCCCAGGAGCUGUAACCUUCUCAAAUUCAAACACACAUACAAAGAGGGGUGAAAAGUGACCUAUUCUGCCCCCGUUCUUGACCGUUGUACAUAAGUCAUCCAGAGUUGUAGUACAAGUAGCUAUACUGUGUUUUCUGAAGAUUAGAAGGGUCAAUUUCACCAUGUAAAAGCAGAGUUGUAAAAGAUGUGUAUUCUUGUAAGUUGUAAGCUGUAACUGUAAUUAUGUAUCAGUUACCAGACUUCAGAUACAUUUUAGUGCUACGAGCUUAUGACUGCUGUCGUAUAACUAUUGAUUU